GUUUUGGCUCAUACUUCCAUUCUAAUCUCCGUUGUCACUGUUACUGGGACUUGCUGCCACGUAUCCUUUGUUUAACAGGCGCUCAUUGAUGGCUACAUGAGGUAAGCAUGAGGCAAAGGCAAAGUAUAUAUGGUCUCUCCAAAAUCGGCUGCAAGAAAACUUCUCGGCCGUAUCAAUGAAAAUUGGUACUAUCAGGCAACAACGAAGGCACGAUGGAUGGACUUGAUAGGAGACUACGCUGGCGAUGAACCUUUCAUCAUCGAUGGAGAAUCCCUCAUACAAGGUGUCCUAGAUGAUCCUCUCCUCGCUAUUGGGCGUAACGACGACACCAGCUUCCAGGCUUUACACGCUAUUUACAGCCUCGAGAAUACCCUGAAAAGUUUUCUCUCUCGAAAAGCUAAUGUUGAGGUUGUCUUUUGGCGUAAUAACAUUCACGCUACAACUAGACUAGGACAAACACCUUUCGUACACUCUUCGCGACACUUGGCGCGGCAAAUUCUUCUCAAGCAUUUACAGCAACUCUCGAGUAUCGUCCCAAUGCAUCAGUUCGAUGAUCUGCAAGAUGGAUUUUGGAAGAAGUAUGAAGCCUCGAGAAAACCUAUGUUUGUGCUCAUCAGCGACAGCGUCCCCAGCCGCGACGCUCCUGCUGAUAGUCUUCACCCUGGCUACAUCGCGUGUCAACGGAACUUCAUCUUUGAAAUCCUAUCCUUUGGACUGCCUGUAGCUUUACUCAACGGGUUGGAGUUCAGAGACUCCAAGAUCUUGUCUUUUGUCAUUGAAAGGACGUCUGCUACUAGGGACUCCGUCCCUCCUUGGUCCCCAAUCGCACCGAUAUACAAUCGAAUGGAUCUGGUUAGCCAAAAAUAUGGCGUCUCGGAGAUAUUUCAGUGUUCUGGACCGUUGUCUUGUACACAUGAAGUUCUCGAAAAGAUUUGUCAGCUAUUCUUCGUUGAUGAUUCAUUCUUUGGGUCCAUAAAUCCAUCUCAGGAACCUUUAAUGGAAGAACUUUUAGCUGCAUUUCUUCUUCACAUCUUCAGCCUUCCGGAGUUGCCUCUGAAGGCUCGAAUCCAAUCCCCCAUCGAAGUCCCAUCAGAUUUGCAGGACAUUUUGCGACAGUCCUUCCUCCCUCGGCUUUUCUUUUUGGCCUCUUCCAUUCUCCAAAGGGCCACUAUUGGUCUGGAUAUCGAUCUCCACAUUUUUUUCGUGCUCCUUCAGUAUCUCGGCCGCGGAAUGUCUUUGGCUUCAGCUGUUCGCGCCGAUAUCAUCAUGCAGGCAAAGAAUAUUUGGCUCGGUGACCAUUUUCCUCAUCACUUCCCGUGCCUGAAGGCUUUCACUGGGGGUGCUCCGCAGUCUCCCAGUGUUUCAUCUUCUAUCUCAAGUAUAACAAGUGACAGUGAGGUAGAGGAUGACUGGGAGGAGGAUUCAGAUCUAGGAGCAUGGGAUGCAUCUGACUCCGAAUCUGAAACGAACCCUCAGGAACCCAUUCUGAUAUCCACAUCCCAAGCACAAACUCAACUCCUACCGUUCUCCCACCCCGUCUUUGACAAGGCACUCCCUUCAAUUAACAUCCCCACUGCCGGUGACGAUCGACCACUUAAGUCGAGCAAAUUCCUCAACUUUUCGGUAUUGUUUUCGGAUACGCGUCACUGGCAGAAUCGCAAGAAGAUCAUCUCCCCUGGCCAGAAGCCUCCGGUCGUAAAUUGGCGUGUUCUCCGUUCCAAUCAGCGGUACAUUGCCAAUUUGCAACAUCAAGCGGAAACAUUGACGGGAGCGUCGGGCAGAGGGCUUCAACAGAUUACUAUUACUGUUGAUUCUGCAGCAUCGAAGAAGCCUGAAAGGGGUCCUAACCUGUCGAUUAAGACGACGAAGCAAGUCAAGCUCACAAAGAAGGAACAGCUGAAGAAGGAUAUCCAGGAAAAGAAGAAUGCCGAGAAGGAGAGCAAGACACGACAAUGGUUUCUUAAUCAGCUGAGCGCUAUGUCCGAGAAGACGACCCGGCAGAAGCUCGAUCUACUAGAGCAACUAGCUCGUAGUCCCCGUAUGGUAGACCCUUGGCUCGCCGUCGAACAUCUCAUGUACAAGGUGCAUCUUCUCCUCAAGAUGUGGAUUGAAAACUCCGAUCACGAAAAGGACUCUGUUCGGGAUCGUUAUACCGUAACAAUCAUGCGACUUGUGAAGGAUAUCCGUGACAAAGGAGCUACUACUGCAGCGCGAGGGAAAGCGUUGUCUGCAGUCUUGACGAGUUUUGGUUUCUCGACUUACAUUAACGGGUUUGUUAUGGUAGCAGAGCCGCCAACGCCUUGUCCGUUGGCAUUCGACUUUGUGAAGUUGGUUCGAUCAAAGGGAGACGUUCUUUAUCCCUGGAUGAAGAUAACUGAGCAUUCUAUUCUCUGGCAGCUCCGGCUUUUUGGACCAUAUAUGGACCGCUCUAUGGACGGCAGUUUUGAUAGGCGUAAAGUUCUCGAUUGCAUCGAUGAUCCCAACCAUUCUAUGCUUGUCGUUGCUCCGACUAGUGCUGGAAAGACGUUUAUCUCAUUCUACGCGAUGGAGAAGGUUUUGCGCGAGUCAAAUGAUGGCAUUCUAGUCUAUAUAGCGCCGACAAAGGCCCUUGUCACUCAGAUUGCUGCUGAGGUUUAUGCUCGUUUCAGCAAGAAGGUUCCCAAUGGGAAUUUAUGGGCGGUCCAUACACGAGACUACCGUAUCAAUGAACCGCACAACUGCCAGAUUCUUAUCACUGUGCCAGAAAUGCUUUCGAUUAUGCUGUUAUCACCUCCACUUGCCUCCAAAUGGACACCUCGAAUUAAAAGAAUUAUUCUCGAUGAAAUUCAUUCCAUCGGCCAGCAGGAAGGAGGCUCUGUUUGGGAGCAAAUCAUCCUUCUCGCGCCAUGUCCAAUCAUUGGAUUGUCGGCAACCGUCGGAGAACCGGAGACUUUCAACGACUGGCUUGCAUCAGUUUCGCGAGCACAUGGAUACAAGCAUACAUUCAUUCAGCAUAAACACCGCUAUUCACAUCUUCGAAAAUUCUUCUAUCGUCUGGAUGGGUUGAAGAGCCUACGGCCAUUUCAAGGACAUGAAUCGUAUCAGCCGACGUCUAGGAUGAGAUUCCUCCAUCCACUGUCAACAUUGGCCUUUGGUCCGCGGGCCCUUCCAGAGGAUUUAUCGCUGGAGCCCUCCGAUACGCUGUCACUCUACGGCGCAAUGAGCCAACGCAAGGACCUAUCCAUUAACUUAGUCAGGCUCGACCCUACUCGAUUCUUUUCCCCUGUCAAAGGAUUGUUGAAGCAGAAGGACAUCCUGCGAUAUGAAACUGAUCUCAAGAAUGCGCUUAUGGAUCUGCCACCGUCAUCUCGGAACGAAGUUAUCCAUGAUCUUGCUGACAAAGACAUCCCGCAGGGCACAAAAGAUAAGGAACCUAGCCACCAGAGCUUCGAGAGAGGACUUUUACCGCUCGUGGCUGAUCUUCAUGCUCGCGGCGAACUGCCUGCCAUUUUAUUCAACUUUGACCGAGCGCUUUGCGAAGAUGUUGCCGAAUUACUUCUGAAAGAACUCUUGGAGUCAGAGUUGGUUUGGAAAUCAAGGAGCCCAGAGUGGCAGAGGAAAUGUCAGCAAUGGCAGAAGUGGCAGGAUAGUUCCAAGGCUCGUAUCCGUGAAGAGAAGACUUCAUUUGUGCGUGUCAUUCAGUAGAAAUAUACGAAUUUAAUGAUCCAUGGG